AUGGGUAGAUUUUCUUGUGGCAUUCAAUGCACACGUGCAACAUUAUUUGGGCUGAAUAUCUUAUUUGUUUUCGUUGGGUUCACUGUGAUGGGCUUAGGCAUUUACAUUAAAGUCAACGGAAAUUUCAGUUCCAUCUCGGAAAUUUAUAAAGUAUCACAAGCGCUCGGAUCCGAAGCUAUGCAAUGGAUUGGAGUAGGAAUGAUUGUAGCUGGUAUAUUUACUGCACUUUUGGCAGCAUUUGGUUGUCUAGGUGCUGUUUUAAAAAAUCGAUGUUUUCUAUAUUUAUAUGCGGUUCUCUUGAGUCUUAUUGUAUUCUUUGAAUUUGGCGCUGUAAUAACAACAUUAGUGUUUCGUAAUGAUUUAUGGAAGACCUAUGAUUCAAGUUUCGUGGAAAUAUUUAAUCAUGCUUAUGGUGAAAAUCAAACUGCAACUAUUCAAAUUAUUGAAGAUAUUGAACAUAGAUUUAAAUGUUGUGGUGUUGAUGGCCCAUCUGAUUAUGCAAAAUUUGGUUAUCGCAUCCCUCGAUCAUGUUAUCCAAAUAAAAAGGCAAUCGCUGGAUUACCCUAUACUGAAGGUUGUGCUCAAGCUGUUGCUAUCUGGGUAUGGAAUCAAUUGCCACUAAUAGCUGGAUCAUUAGGAGCGCUUUUAUUUAUUGAAAUAUUUGGUGUUAUUUCAUCAAUUGCGCUUGGCGUAGCCAUAUCUCAUUCGUCCAAUGUUGAAGACUACCAUAAAUUUUAA